AGGUUUGCGUCCCAAGAAUGCUGAUGAUGCGUCGUAGUUUUAUUAAUUUAGCUAGCCAUAGCUCUGUUCGGUGGCGAUCGACUGAUCAAGCUCGAGUAACGCAUCCGAGUAGCAGUUUCGGUGCGGAGGGUUUGAUCGAUCCAGAGUGGGCCACCGCCAAGCCGUACAAAUGUAUCCCAGGCCCUACUGUGUGGCAGCUGGUGACCGGUUUUAUGAAGGGUGGACGUUAUGCCGAGCUUAAUCUGGUCGAGUUGCAUUACCGUUUGCGGGAAGAGUAUGGCGACCUUUACCGUAUACCUGGCUGGAUGGGACGGCCCGACAUCUUGAUGAGCUUCUCGCCGGAAGCCUUUGAAAAGGUUUUCCGUACCGAGGGUCAGUGGCCUGUACGGCGCAGCUUCGACUGUAUGGGGUACUACCGGCAGAAGGUUCGUCCGGAAAUAUUCAGCGAAACAAGUGGACUCGUAACUUCCCAGGGUGCGUCGUGGCAGAAGAUGCGAACCAUUACGAACCCCGUGUUGAUGCAGCCAAAGACGGUGAAUGUGUAUGUGGAGCAGGUGGAUGAGGUGUGCCGUGAGUUUAUGACGAUCAUUGCUAAGCUGCGUGACGAUAAGCAGGAGCUGCCGGAGGACUUUAACGAAUGGAUCAACCGAUGGGCGCUAGAAACGACCGGUGUGCUGGCAAUGGACACCAGGCUCGGGGUGAUGCGUGCGAAAGAUUCCGGAGAAGGACACAGGCUAGUAGAUCUUGUGGAUGAAAUCUUAGAGCUGAGCUACCAACUGGACGUUCUGCCAUCCAUGUGGAGAUACUACAAAACUCCACGCUUUAACAAAUUAAUGAGACUGUUUGAUGAAAUGACUGAUAUAACAAUGGAAAAAAUCGAUGAAGCUAUAGCGCGGGUUGAGAAAAAUCCUACCUCGGAGGACAAUCAGAGCGUCCUGAAGAAAUUGUUGAAGAUCAACAAACACGUUGCGGUGAUCACGGCUCUCGAUAUGAUAUUCGCCGGCAUUGACACGACAUCGUCAGGUGCCGCUGCCAUCUUGUACUGCCUUGCUAAACAUUCCGAAAAGCAGGCAAGACUACGCGAAGAGCUUCGAACGAUAAUGCCCUCCAAAGAUAUGCCACUGUCGGCGAACAUGAUGAGCAAUUUACCGUAUCUGCGGGCCUGCAUUAAGGAGGGCAUGCGAAUGUAUCCACCGACAGCAGGGAACAUUCGUGCCACCGGACGUGACUUGGUGCUGCAAGGCUAUCAGGUUCCAAGGGAUACGGACAUUGCCAUGGGUACGCUGGUGCUGAUGAGCGAUGAAAAGUACUAUCCUCGUGCGAAAGAAUUUCUUCCCGAACGUUGGCUGGCGGAGCGUGAUUCCGAUAUCCCGAACGCCAAGAACGUGAAUCCAUUCAUUUUCCUCCCGUUUGGGUUUGGUUCGCGCAGCUGCAUCGGCAAACGCUUGGCGAUGAUGGAGAUGGAGGUGAUACUGGCACGGUUGAUAAGACAAUUCGAUUUUCGCUGGAAUUAUGGAGAUUACAAAAUUCGGACGACGGUCAUAAACGUUCCGGGAUGUCCGCUACGCUUUGAGGUAAGAGAUGUAGAUCACUGAUGAAUCGCUGAGUAGUUGUGAGGCGAGUUUUGUUCGACUUGUUGGAAUGAAAUCUAAAACAUAAAUAAAUAAUCCAAGACGAGGAGAAAAAAAAACACAAACAAAGAAUUUGCAACGCACACCCUCCUUGCGAAACGGUCGCGUCCGUCGCUUGUCUUAUCAACACCGAUACCGAACAAAACCGAAC